AUGUCUACAAUUGGAUCCCUGGUUUUCUGCACGGACUGCGGUUCUCUACUUGAAGGCUCCGUUGGAGAUCCAACGAGGAUCCUGGUUUGUGACGUCUGCGGAGCCCGCAACAAGGAUACCGUACCGAAAACAAUUGUUUCCGAGUCGAAACCGAGUUCUUUCCCUUCGACAUUACGCGCGAAGCGGUCUGCGAUCCAGACGUUGACGGCCGCGGACAAGAGAACAGAAGCCUUGACAGAGAAGGACUGCCCCAAGUGUGGGAGGAAGGAGAUGUACUACACUACAGUACAACUGCGCAGUGCAGACGAAGGAAGUACCGUGUUUUACACCUGUGUUUGCGGUUACAAGGAAACCACGAACAAUUAA